AUGUCACCGUCACCACCAGAACCCUCAAUAUUCACGCCUUAUCUCACGCCCUCGCUCUCCUCGCAUCUCUCGAACCUCCCUCCAACCAUCUCCGUGGACAGCCUGAGCCGCACGGCCCCAACCCGUCUGCAAAGGACAGCGCUGCCUCAUAUCGGGACCAUCGAACUCGUCUCCUCAGCAGACUUCGAGAAGCUCUACGACCCACUCUACACGGCCAGUUUCCCCCGGGGCACCGAGCGCGAGAGGUCUGACCUGAUCGUCGAGCGCCUCGCCGCCCAGGCCAGAGGCGAGAGGGCAGGAUUGGCGCCGUACCGGAUCGUCGGCAUCCGAGACCACGCGGGCGAAGCCAUCGGGGCGGCUCAGUUCUCGGUCCUGCCGGUCCCGCCUCGUCGAGCGGGACAGGGACAGGGACAACCACCGGCAGAGGGACAGGGACAGGAGACCGUGGGCUCCACUUCAGACGAGGAGACAUCUUCUCGGCGGUCCAUAUCGUCGACGGUCAACUUCGCCGUCCCCUACCUGCAGUACAUCUACGUGAGGGCGCAGAACCGCCGCCAGGACAUGUCCGAGGUGCUGCAUGCGAUGGUGCUCGCCGUGGCGAGCGCCGACGCCGCGGUGAUGGAACUCGAGGAUGGAGCUUCUUCCCGGGGGGCCGAAAGUCUUGUGCGCACCGUGCCAUUUACGCUCUUCGAGACGGAGCCGCCCGAUCACGGCGACGAUCACGCCAGCCGCGCGUAUGCGCUGGAACGGUCCAAGAUCCACACGUCGAGUGGAGGCGUGGCUCUCGUUCUGCGACGUCCAAAACGCUGCGAGGGCAGGUCGCAUCAGGGCGAGGAUGACAUCCUCUCCGCGCACGUCCAACCUGGUCUUGAACCCGCCGAUCCGCCGUUGACGCUGGUCUGGGUGAUCCGGCCAUCGCCGACCUCCACGCCGGAUCAGGUCUACGAUCUCACGAGCAUGGGCACGGCACUCAUUGCUGCCUACUACCAGAGUCUCCGAGACGAAGGCUUUCCGGAGAAGAACAUCCGACUCGCAGAGAGGAUCCUUGAGCAGAGAUGUAAAGGCAGUACUUUCGAACUGGUACCCCUUGCAGAGGUCAAGGACUUUAGUAUGGAGAAGGGCUAUCUGGAUAUCCGAGAGGAUGACUGA